AAUUGUACAGCAGACAACGUUCAGUUCUUUAGUGGAAGUGGUACUCGCUUUUAGUACUUCGAUUGUUAAUUUAAGUUCUCACUUCGAUUUUUUUUUGGUUUUGUCGUUAAGUGAAAAGAUCUUACAGGGUUUUUGAUAACUCAAAAAUGGACCAACCAACGCCUAUACAAAAAUUAUUUAGAAACGCGAAUGUUUUCAUCACAGGUGGUACUGGUUUCAUGGGGAAAAUUCUCAUAGAAAAAUUACUCAGAUCAACGGAAGUGAAUACCAUUUAUCUACUUGUCAGAGAGAAAAAGGGAAAAAGUAUACACACGAGAAUUGACGAGCUUUUCGAGGAUGUAAUAUUCGAUGAGGUUAAGAAGAAGUGUCCGAAAUUUAAGCACAAAAUUGAGGCGAUUUCCGGGGAAUGUCAACUAUCUGGUUUAGGUUUAAAUAUCAUAGACAUGCAAACUUUAAUAUCGAAAGUUAAUAUAAUCUUCCAUGUUGCUGCUACAGUGAGAUUUGACGAAAAUAUCAAAAUAGCAUACGAUAUUAAUGUUAACGGAAUCAAAUACGUCAUUGAUUUAGCCAGAAAAAUGACAAACUUAAAGUCAAUCGUUCACGUUUCGACGGCUUAUUCGAAUUGUACGCGAUCAGUGAUCGAAGAGAAAAUUUAUGAUUGCCCAUUAUCUUACGAAGACGUUGGGCGUAUUUUGGAAAAAAUAUCUCACGAAGAAGCAGACGCAUUAACACCAAGACUUCUCGGAGAAUGGCCGAACACGUAUACAUACACGAAAGCAUUGGCUGAAAAUUUGGUGAAUGAUAUAGGAAAAGGAUUACCUCUAGCUAUAUUUAGACCUUCAAUAAUUGUAUCUACCUACAAAGAGCCUAUCCCAGGAUGGAUAGAUAAUUUGUAUGGUCCAACGGGAUGUUGCGCCGGGGUGGUUACUGGGGUAUUAAGAGUAUUAUAUUGUGAUCCCAAUCUCGUCGCCGAUAUCGUUCCCAUAGAUACGUGUGUAUCUGCUCUUAUUUCCAUAGCUUGGGAUCUAACAACUAAGAAAUCAGAUACAAAAUCGGAAAUAACUGUAUAUAAUUACGUAUCCGAAGUGGAAAAUCCAGUAAAAUGGCAAGAAUUUAUACAACUAAACAUCCUUCAAAAAUAUGAUUAUCCAGUAACGAACGCCCUCUGGACCGCUUUUGUCGUAUUAACCCACAACAAAUAUAUUUUUUGGUUAUUAACAUUAUGUUUACAUAUGAUCCCCGGUAUAAUAUUGGACGCUUUCGCAGUUUUAACCAGACACAAACCAAAAAUGAUUGAAGUCUAUAAAAAAGUACACAAAUUCACAACGAGUAUUUCAUACUUUUCGACACGCAGUUGGAAAUUUUCCAAUAAAAAUACGACCGACUUGUGGGAAAAACUCGACGAUAGAGAUAAGAAAUUAUUUCUGUUUAGCUUAACCCUUGUAAAUUGGCUCCAGUUUUUCAGAUUUUACAUUAGGGGCAUCAGAAGAUAUCUGCUCAACGAAUCUGAUAAUACGUUAAAAGAAGCCAAACAAAAACAAAAAUGGUUGGGCUUUUUUCACACCACAGUAAAAUAUUCGAUCAUAUUUUUAAUUUAUAGCGCCAUUUCAAAACUGUUCUCGACUGGACUUUCUUUAAUGUUUUGAUUGUAAAUUUUCCAUUGAGUUUUUAACUUUUAAAGGAAAAUGUUAAAGACAGUGAUAUUCGAUUUUCAUUUUUUCGUAACAAUUUUCAUGUUGUGAAUGUAAUAUCAUGAAUUUUAGCCAUUUUUUGCAAAUAUCAAUGACAAUGACAAAAAUGGUGACCGAUUAAUCGAAAUAUUUUUAAUUUAAUAAAUUAUAAAUAGAA